AUGGUUGAGCAGCAGUAUAUUGCCCCAGGUCUACCCCAGCAGGCUGGUUUUUCGGGAGCUCCCACUUUGCUCAACUCAAUUCCUACAACCACAGCUUCUGCUUACCACGAACUCGCGGCCUAUUCAUCUAUUUCUUCGUCUUACAACGGCAUCCAGUGCGACCCAAAUCUUUUAACUCCUGUCUCAGUCAUAGAUUCUCCUCCUUUGCACGGGUUGACCAAGAUUCAAUACCCUCCUCCCCCAAGCACACCCAAUCAGCAACCUUCCCCCCCAGGGAGUUCAGAAAUGUACCACCAGCAGUGGGCAGGACACUUCGACGUUAACGGACAGUCUCCAUCGGCGAGCUCGCCAAUGACUUCACAGGCGCCAGGUGGUGGAGAAUUCCUCCAUGCCAGCUACGUCCAUGAUGGGCGUCGAACACCAGGACCACCUGAGCCCUACAUGGGAGCUUUCGGCGUAUCGAACGGACCAGAGCCACCGUCAAUGGACCACCCGUACUAUGUUGAUAUGGGCCCUCCAGUCGACCACCAGGUUCAAAUGGGUAUCCACCAUCGCGAAAUGCCUGCCGCACCUCUUCUGAGCGACUCACAGCCAAUCCAGUACCGUCGUCAUCACAGCCCUGAAGAUUCUGCUCCGCAGAAUCGGUCUGCCGGCGUCCCACGCUCCCUAACAGCAUCUCCCCGUCGAAAACCUGCUUUCCAAGCCAGUGGCCGGGUUAAAAAGCGCCAUUCGAAGCGGCCAGGUGCAUCUCGAACUGCUGCCCAGGAAGACCCCGUGAGCGAACACAAAAAUUGCUUCGGCGAAGAGGCUCCGCCAAAGAUCAAAAGCACAUGUCCCGACGAGGAACGCUGUAUCUUCGAAUCUCGCUGGCGACACCGCCACCAGAAGGGCCAGGACAUGUGGGACAGUAUUCAGAAUGACUAUUACAAUCGCUUCGGGAAGCGUCCCGGCAAGGAGAUGCUGCAGAUGAAGUUCAAACGAGGCCGAGCUAAGUACCUCGAGUGGAUACCCAAAGAUGAGGACAUACUUUACGAAGCUUGGUUGCUUAACGAGAAGAAUCGUCAUCAAAACACUCUUGAUUUAUUCUACGAGAUGGGAGGCUCUCGGAAUAUGCGUUUGAAUGCCAGCGACAUCGAGAUUAAAGUCGUCAAUGAUUUGAAGCUCGAAGAAGGCAUCUAUAUGGAGUCCUACGGAAGCGCCAACAUUCGUCGGCGACGCAAGCCGGACUCGGUAAGAAAGCGUGCUGGCCAUGGCGUUGGCAACGACAUGUCGGUCAACGACGAGAUGAUGAGCAUUGGCUCGCAUACAACACACGAAGACGAAGUUAUCAACCAGGUCCAUGGCCUUCCAAAUAUGAAGAUGGAGGAGCAAGGCCCCGAAGACCAUCCCAACAUGAUGGAGACGCAAAUGUGGGAUCAGCAGAUGAAGAUGGAACCUGGAACAAUGCCGCAAGGAAACGACCACAUGCAACACUCGAUGAGGCCGAGUCCAAUAUCACAGCCCAUGUAUGGUGCCCGCAGAGAAGCAUAA